CAAGGCCACAACGCUUUCCAGAAAAUUUACGACACAGAUACCGAUUCUAUGCCCGAUCUCCGGAAGAAAAUCAGCAGGGACAUUUCAACGACGUCACGCUUUGCGAACACAAUGAUGCCACCGACCUGCAAAGCCCGCGACAAUCUAGAACGAUUCAUCGAUUACAGACGCGACAUCACGAGCGCCACCUUGACGUCCGAGGAGAGCCGCUAGUUCAAUUUUGUUGCAUCAUUAUGUCCAUGUGAUAAGCCUGGAUGAUAACAACUUUUAUGGAUCUUCUGGGAAAUACCAGCAACCGCCGACGAAUUGGGACGAGUCUCGAUCGCGAGAUGCAUUGAUAUUCGUCUGACAGUCUCGCCACUCUCCACGUGAGUGCAUGUCUAGAAAGAAACUCACUAAAGGAGACUGGGAUGCGAAAUGAGCUUCGAAUCUGAAACGGGCAGUUGUCGCUCUCUCCUUGAAAGCUUCUGGAACCACCGGCAGUGGACACCUGUGUAAUUACCAGUUUCUCAGGCCCAUCGCAAAGCAUAAAUUCUCGCUCCCGCGGCGAGGGUUUCCAAGCCACCCAUAAAAAUGCCUGCACCCACUUGCACCGGCCCCCUUCAGGAUUUCACACAUGUCCAACAAAUCGUUUCCGUCUUGGGAGGGAGCAUCGACGCUUGCCUGCUCGGCGAAGAUAUGCAGCCUCUGCGACACGGACAGGUGAUUGUUUGCGAGAACCAGAUUUCAGCCACCUUCGAGCUGCCGCCCGAGACCAUAUUCUGCGUCAGUUGGCGCUCGCACAACGCCAUCACCGCUCUAGCCGCUCUCGUUCAUCCAAGCUUUGAUGGAACACACGUCCAAGAUUAUUGCUGCACGGCGGUAUUGCCCAUGGACGCCCAUUCCCCGGAAACCCAACACCAAAAUUCUUCGGAUGCCCAGAUGUCCGGCGCCGCCAUAGAUGGAUGGUUUACUGGUCCCCAGGCUCUCCAAAUCGGGUUUGUCCAGCUCGAGUUCCGAAAGGCAGUUCGCACAGUUGCAGCGGACGGGUUCUAUGACUACGACUACGACACGAGCCCCGAAGCUGCGCAAUGCCUGCCUCUGAUCUUCCGGUUCAACCUCAUUGGCACGGAUCCUCCUCCUUCACUCGGCGCGGGGCUUGUAAAUCCCACGGAUUCAACCUCGUUCGCGCGGUCUCGCUCUCCCUCCCCAGACGCGGCUCCCUGUAUUCCUUAUUCACCGGUGGAUCCACAGAACCCGCCGCGCUCAGCGCCACCGUCAUACGAUCAGGUCAUCGCGCAGUCCCGGAUUAUCGCCGAAAUUCUGACGGCAAUGUUGAGAAACGGGUGUCGCAUCGAUCCGGCGUUUCUCGCUGCAUUUCUCAAGUGAGCGAUCCCGAGUGUUCUCGGUUGGUGGGCUGACCUCUCCCCGCAGCAAUCUCAAGAUGUAUGAAAGGGAAAUACAAUGCUGAAACGCAUGCGAUGUAUAUAUAUCUAUAUUGUACUCGGAUUCACUUGCCU